AUGUUCAAUCCGUGCAAUGCUGUCUGUGGACCAAAUGCGAAAUGUGGAUUCAAUGGGACAGCGAUGUUCUGCACAUGUGGUUGGGGAUGGACCGGAGAACGCUGUGACCGAUUGUUGAAGGAAAAGUAUAAGGGAAACAUGGGAUACUCAACGACAGUCGGAGCAACCAUCACUCUCGGAGGACUCUUGUUCCGAAUUCUCAAGGUGUGCAUCAUCGGAAUCACCCUUUCGGAACAAGAAGAUGACCCACAAGAUACCCACCAACGCUUCCGAUCCUACUUAAUGUCUGCUGCUGGAAUCAUAAUGACCCUCUUCAGUAACCCCACGGUCUUUGGUAUCGACCAACCAACAUGUCGAUUCUACUUCAUUGCGCUUCACUUCUGCUAUAUUAUGGCAAUGUGCCAGUGGGUCUGGGAGGGAUUCAAUGUGAAUCAGGUGAUCCGGUUCGUCCAUGCGAACGAAUGGGAACGGGAUUGGUACGGAAACCGACCACUGGGAGUCCGACUGGCGCCUCGGAUGAUCGGGACAACGUUUGUGGUGUCCUCGUUCCUUCUCAUCACAUUCCAGACAGGAUGGUAUCGAUUGGCUGCCGAAUGGACAUGUGUCGGUGUCGUCUGCCAGGAGACAGUCAACAUUUGGUUCCCCAUCUUCUUCGGAGUCUGCGUCCUCGCAAUCACCGGAUUAGGCAUCUACGAGUGGAGCUUCCUCAUCGAACGCCGUCGCCCACUUCUCGGAUACAUGAUUAAAUUCAAGAUAGAAAGAGAAUUGGGGCAUGUCAUUGGCCGUCGUAUCAAGAAGUGCAGGGACAACGAUUUCAUGGCGCUGAUGGGUCUCGUGCUCCUUAUCAUUCAAUGGCUCUCCGUCAUCUUCUCCUCCGAUCGUCGAGAUGAUCCAAUGUGGGGAGUAAUCACCGUCGUCACGGCUGGAAUCUACUCCGCGUUUUGCGCCUUCCAGGAAAUAAUGACUUGUCCAGAGGACAAGCCCAAGUUCGUGGAACUUUUCCAACGAUUCGCUCCAGACUUCUUCGCUCCAACGUACAACGAAACUACGAUGUGGUCGAUCUUCGAAGUGCGUCAGAUGUUCAAACUGCCGAAGGAGGAAAGAGAAGCAGCGAUGGAAGGAUACCUGACGAUGAAUGAGCAGUUGUACCUGCAUCAUCGAUGGAAUCUCCGUCUGAAUCAUUUCUUGGGAGAAGAACUUGUCUCUGUGGAGCCAGAUGACAAGAUCAAUGAGGCAUUGCAAAGAGUCUAUCUGGAAGAAAUGAGAAGAAUAGAGGACAACAACGGAACCGAUGAGGAAAAAAGGAGUGUUCAACAAGCGUUCACCGAGUACUACGAUUCGAUCCCGUACAAAGUGACACCGGAUGCUGGAGAACUGGAAGGAAGACUGGAAUUGGUGACACUGGCGACAGAGGAUCCCAAGUUCGGAAUUCGACUCGCCAAGUUCUUCAUCGUCCCCGAAUUUCAUACGUUUCAACCAGAAGUACCCGCACCAGGACAACCGUAUGAAAGAUGGAGAGAGACGCUUCACGAGAGGAGAUUUUAUCAGAAUUUGGAGAAGGACAUCUACCUGAUUACCCGUCAAGCAGCACACGAACAGGCCACAUUCAUCAAUUCGGCGAUUCUCUUCUCUGUCUAUGGCAACAAUGUCGCGAGAUGA